AUGAGUCCGUAUGACACUUAUCUGGGAGCGGUCAAUGCUGAUGUGGUGCACCACAAUACUUGGGAUGUCAAUGGCACCAAUCCAAUUCCACAGAAGGUGAAGGAGUACGCUCACCUUCUGGAAGAUGCAUUUGAACUUCCUCAAUGGGUGAAGGAGGCCAGCGGAGAUGGCGAGAAUGACGAGAAGUUGACAGAAACACCCCUCAAGCGAAUCUUCAACGCCGUUCUCGACGACUGCGCUAGCUUGCGUCAUGUCGUCUCGGUCGAUGAGGAGGAUGGCAUCUGUAGUCCUAAGGAAUCAUUUGUUUGCAUAUUGGUACGGAAUGCGCUAUGUAUUACCAGACCAGCUCUUCUUGUGGACGAAGAAGCUCUGGUUGCAUUGCCUCGACACUGGAGUGGCGAACUGAGUCCUCUAUUCCACUAUAUGAGCACCAGCGUCUGCGCUCCCCUGCUUGUGUCUAUUGCUGCAGAGGUCCCCCUGGAUCCAUCAAUGCUUGUCCCACAAGACGAGGAUCAAGAUGGCGAGUCUGUCUCGACUAGAAGUACGGAUAGCGAUGACGAGGAUGUUCGAAAGAGCACCGCGUGUUCACCUCGCCGUGGUAGCUCUCCUAGAAAUUCAGUGGUGAUACAGACACCACAACAUUCUGAUUCUCUGCCGGUCUAUAUUGUUUCGGGCCGUUCUAUCUCGGCGUCGGAAUGGCUCAGAUGUCCUUCGGUGAAGGAGGUGGUCUAUGAGCAAGAGUCUGAAGACGACGCAAUCAACGAGGACCAGCGGUGCCUUGCUGAACUAGAUUUGCAUGUGUUCGACUAUCCACGAGACAAGCCCCUUCCUGUCAAUGCCGCGAUGCCCGUUUUGUGCAUGGCUGAUGAUGCCACGCUUCCCAUCAUCAUGGCCAGUGCGCUGUAUCAGCGACAGCUCUGGCAUGUUCGGGAGCCGUUGAUAGGCAUCUCAUCCGAGCGGUAUAGUAGCUGCAUCUCAUUUUGUUUGGGGUGGAUUGAAGCAGAGCUCGUCGAUGGCCGACAAUUGCCUCAUGUGCAUAUAGCGCACAUGGCUCAUCUACCAGAGAUUGACCUUGCGAAUCCUGAGAGCGUGCUGACUGUAGCACAGUUUCUCCUCAGUCUAGAUGACCACAUUGCCAACAUUCAAAACGAAGUUGCCUCGUCGCAAACAGUAGUGGCAGAUGAACUCCGGCAGCAACCUCUUGUACAGUGGAGGAUCGACUCGGCAAUUGCUGUCGAGGACUCAACUGGAGACCCUGAGGAUUCCGUCUCCGCCUGGCUUUGCAGCCUUGAGGACUCCGAACUGUCUAGCAAGGAACCACCUUUGACGACAUUGGCACCGCUGUCACCACACACAACUGGCAUGACUGGUGACGAUGACUCGCUGUUAUAUGAUGUUCAUGAAAAGUCGGAGCAGUGUUCAAUGGGAUGGUGCUUGAUGAACAACAUGCCUGCAGUUGAUGCAAAUGUGGCACAUUUUCUUGAAGAGCUCAAAUGGAUAGUGACUUUCCGUCAAGAAAUGAAGAUGCCCACCCUUGACAGCCUGCUUGUGAAGAAACUCUAUACGGGCAGGGACCAGCCCUUCAGCGCCAAAGAUGUGCUAUGUUUGUUCAACGAAGAAUUUGCGGAGUCGGUGCUUUGGGGCCAAGUGGACCGAUUGCUCACCGGUAGCUUGUCGACAAUCCUCAAUACUUGUUCACGAUCGCGAAGUAAAGUUGAAGUUGGCACACCACUCGGUGAAGCCAGUUGGCGCCACGAUCUCGAUCGGUUCUUUUUCGAUUUUGGUAAUGCUGUCAUCGAUACAGCAGAGCAGUUCGACGGUACUGAGGUGAAGCAAGAUCAGGUACACGUCUCUUUGGAGCGCACAAUCGCACUCUCUCGAAACAUCAUUGCAAGCGGCAACCUGACAGACUUAGCAAGGUUCAUGUUAACUAUUGCCCAUCUCGGUCCCAAGCUGGAGCUUUUCCCACAACACUCCACCGGUGAAGUGAAAUUAGCGGAAGCAGCACUAUACUGCAAUCUCCUUACUCUCUGCACGACAUGGCAAAAUACUCUAACGCUUCCGGAAAUCAAACACCGACUGGCUUUUAGCCCUACCACUGCCAGGUGCGAUGCCAUAGGUGUUGUACGCAUGCCAGUCAACCUAUCGAAGGCCGCUCUCAAGCCCUACCAUUUCGUAAGGCCCCGUAGCGGCGGGAGCAAGCGACCGGCCUCGAUAAAUUGGGAUCAGUCAGACACCGCGGUCAAUGAUUCAUCCACAUCAUCGACAGCCUCUACAGCCGAUUCAGCAUCCUCUACAUUCAAUUCAGCAGCCUCCCCAUCCGCCCUAGACUACAGUCAACUCGACUCUGCCAUCUGUGACUCUCGUGCUGUCUAUCAACAAGCCCAGCAGAGUGGUCGGGCAAAACCUGCACAGGCCGACGUCAACCUAGUCGAAGGAUUCGACCAGCUGCGGUUGGAAGAUCCGCCUUGCACGACAUCGCAUGCUACGGGUGAUGUGUCCAAUACAGAAUACUUGGACCUUCCCUUGAUCAUUGUCGAGUACAAGCGACCUUCGGACACUCACACCGACGACAUCCAGGGGCAAAAUCAGCGUCGUAUAUACUGUGUUUCCGCUGCACGGUUCUUGGAGGCGAUCGGCAUCGAUGAGUUCCCUAUCUUCAGCGUGCUCUCCGACGGUCCCCUAACAGUCCUCGCCGUCACCUGGGCCAAGGACGGGGUUGUCCGGAUAUUCGAACGUCAUAUGAUGUCGUUCGACGUUUCCAGCCCGCUUGGUGCGUGGCACUAUGCGACGGUCAUGGCGCGCAUUGCCGUGUUCUGGGGCACGGCGCUGGCGAAGCGCUUCGCGCUGGUGAGGGACGCGUUUGUGACGGGCGUGGACAAGGACGACCCAAAGCUGCGCUGGACGCACGCGCACCAGGUCGUGCACCGUCCCCCCGGGGAGGCGCCGCCUGAAAAUGCGUCUCAGGAUGGGUCUUGAAUGCGUACGUGCCGGUCAGGGUGGAGCUACCCGUGGAUACAUGUUGUGCUCGAUGCUGUCUUGUGCGAAUGCGAUGAACCCGAUCUCGUUGUG